UGGUGAACACUGAUAAGCGUGAUCUAGACCCAGAUCCACGAAAACCACCGCCUUUCUCACUCUUCUCUCGCCAACCAAAACCCUAGGCCCCAAAGAUCGGCGAAGGCCCUAAUUCCAGGACGCGGCCGACGAUGGGGUGGUUCUCUAGAAAGAAGACCGACAAGCCGGAAGCCAAGGACGGCCGGAAGAACGACAAGCCGGAUACUCUUUCGGCCGGAGGUGAGGAAGUCCCUGGGAUGAACGGCGCCCUGGAAGUGCGGAGGCCAGACGCCGUCACCGUCUUUGAGUUUGGCUCCGUGGCCGCAUCUGGCGAUAAGAUUACUCUCGCCGGGUACUGCCCCGUUUCGGACGACCUCGAGCCGUGCCGAUGGGAGAUUUUGCCUUCCGCGGGAUCCAACGCUCCGCAAUUCCGUGUAGUCUUCUGAACGGUUGGGUGUCUUCUUCUGGGGUUUCCGAUAUUCUGGGUUUCUCCACCGUAGGAAACCGAUGUUGUUAAUGACUACUACACCGAAUCGUAUUUAUGUUCGUUUUUGAAUGAAAUUUUUAUGAAAAUCUUGCUUUUUCUAUGAAAAGAAUCUGUUUUCUUUU